CUCUUCCUUUACUUGCCACCUUUUCACUUCUUCUUCUUCUGUAUCUUUUGGCUUCUGAUACCAGAGAAAGAAGAAGAAGCAAUCAUGGCUCGAUAUGUUAGCCUUGUCUUUGUUUUCAUGUCUCUUCUAGUCAUGCCACCAUUUUGCUUUGGCGGGAAGAACAUUGGUGGGUACUUGUACCCUCAGUUCUAUGACUAUUCCUGCCCCAAAGCUCAGGAGAUUGUCAAUUCCAUUGUGGCCAAGGCAGUUGCUAAAGAGCCUCGGAUGGCUGCUUCUUUGAUCAGGCUGCACUUCCACGAUUGCUUUGUCAAGGGAUGUGAUGGUUCAAUCCUGCUAGAUGGUGGUUCGGGCAUAACCAGCGAGAAGAACUCGAACCCAAACCGCAACUCUGCCAGAGGGUUCGAGGUGAUCGACGCGAUCAAGUCUGCAUUAGAGAAGGAAUGUCCUCAGAAAGUUUCUUGCGCUGAUGCUCUAGCUCUGGCUGCCAGAGACUCCACUGUACUUGCUGGAGGACCUAGCUGGGAAGUUCCAUUGGGGAGAAGGGAUUCCAAAAGUGCAAGCCUGAGUGGAUCCAACAACAACAUUCCAGCACCAAACAACACAUUUCAGACUAUCCUGACAAAGUUCAAGCUCCAAGGCCUUAAUGUUGUGGACCUUGUAGCAUUGUCUGGAAGCCACACGAUUGGGAAUGCAAGGUGCACAAGCUUCAGGCAGAGGCUGUACAACCAGUCGGGCAACGGUCAGCCAGAUUACAGCCUCCAUGCAUCCUAUGCUGCCCAGCUGAGAACCAGGUGCCCGAGAUCAGGUGGUGACCAGAACCUCUUCUUCUUGGACUUCCAGACUCCGACCAAGUUCGAUAACAGCUACUUCAAGAACUUGCUGGCUUCGAAGGGACUGCUGAGCUCGGACCAGGUCCUCCUGACAAAGAAUGGAGCAUCCAUGGAGUUGGUGAAGCAGUAUGCAGAGAACAAUGAGCUUUUCUUCCAGCAGUUUGCUAAGUCUAUGGUCAAGAUGGGGAAUAUCUCCCCAUUGACUGGUUCCAAGGGAGAGAUAAGGAAGAACUGCAGGAAGAUGAAUUGAAGUAGCUAAACUGGAUGGAUUUAUUUCAAAACAUGAGAAGUCAUAUUUUCAUUAUCUAAUAAUCUAGUUUUGGUGUUGCUUCCUUCCAUUCAACUGUGUCCCCCCCAAAGUGUGGUUUUGCCUGGGAGGUUCAAAUGUGUAUUUACUAUUGUGUUCAAUGAGAUUUCAGUAUUUACUUACUGUUCCCUGCAAUGAAAAUGAGAAGUGGAAAGAGUUUGCAGUUUCAGAACUCAUUAAAAGUAAAAAAGAAAAGGCAUACAUUUCCACCUACUGAGCAGUAAGUAAACGACACUUAAAUGUCCUCAAAAGUGCAGAUGUGAUUUUCAUCUUGCUCUCAAGACCAAGUUGCCUUGCAUAAGUUCCUGAAUGUAGUCGUAAACAGACCCUCGGAUAAUCAGAAUAAGGUAAACAGAACACUAAGAUAUAACUAACU